GAGAGUGUGAGAGACAGAGAGAGAGAGAGGCGCGUGAAAGCGUUCGGCCCCGGAGGAACGGAAAGGUGUGAAAGGCUCCGUGGAGUUUCCGCGCGCGCGAUCUCGGAAAUGACUCGGUGACUCGGAACCCCGCGGUGAGUCGGUGUCGGUUCUCUGAAGCUCUGAUGAGGCGCGCGCCCUGGGCUGCGGGUCCGAGCGCGCAUUCCGCCUCCGCCGCGCGCGCGCCCUGAGCCUCCGGAGCCGCGGCUGUGAGAGAGAGAGAGAGAGGAGGAGGAGGAGGAGGAUGAAGCCCAGAGUGGGGCGCGUGCUCCUCGCCACAGGCGCCGGAUCUUUCUUUAUCCUCAUUUUAUAUUUACAGAACAGCGCGAGACCCGAGCACUUUUUGGGAAGAACCAGUUUCCCAGCGAAGUUGAGGAGAACCCCCCUGCAGACCCUCUCUGAUGGAGAUCAGUGGGAUCCCGCUGCUGUUGGGAUGACGCUACAGGCUCGUCGCUUGUUUCUGGAUGAAGCAUGUCGCUCUCACACACAUAAGAGGCGUGUCCUGAGCCCUGAUGACCUGCGCCACCUGCUGGUGGACGACCGACAUAGUCUGCUUUACUGCUACGUACCCAAGGUGGCCUGCACCAACUGGAAGCGAAUGCUGAUGGUCCUGACAGGUGACGGACGCUACCGUGAUCCGCUCGCCAUCCCUGCUAAUGAGGCCCACGCUCCGGGCCGGCUUCGCUCGCUCUCCGAGUACUCCACAGCCGAGAUUAACCGCCGCCUGCGCACCUACCUGAAGUUCAUAUUUGUGCGAGAUCCUUUUGAACGACUUGUCUCUGCAUAUCGCAACAAAUUCACACGGAGCUACAACACGGCCUUCCAUAAGCGCUACGGCACCAAGAUAGUGCGCCGGCACCGGGCUAAUCCUCAGCCUGAGGCGCUGGAGAAGGGCAGCGAUGUCUCGUUUGAGGAGUUCGUGUACUACCUCGUGGACCCGCGGACUCAGCGUGAGGAGCCGUUUAAUGAGCACUGGGAGCGAGUGCACACUCUGUGCCACCCCUGCCUCAUUCACUACGAUGUGGUGGGUAAAUACGAGAGCCUGGCACAGGACUCACGCUACGUCCUAAAGCUAGCUGGGGCAGAAGGUGAAGUGGCAUUUCCAGCUUCGUCUAAGAGCACGAGGACCACUGAGAGCAUGGCGGCCAAGUUCUUCAACAACAUCAGCCCCUUUUAUCAGAAGAAGCUCUACAAUCUGUACCGUAUGGACUUCCUGCUCUUUAACUAUUCGACACCGACCUACUUGAAGUUCAGAUGAGAUGAGUGCUGUGGAUUUCACUGUGUUAGAUGUUGUGGCUGUUCUGUGUGGAUCUGCUGCUCGCAGUGCUCAGAGAAACUCUUGGAGAACUGAUGACUGCUGGCGUCCUGCAUGUCUUCCCAGAAUGCCUCAGUAAUUCCUCUGGCUGUCUUCAGUGCCAGCUGAACUCCUGAGGAAGUGCCUUUGUUCUCUUAGUGUUGACUAACAGGAGCGGGAUUCUUCAUUAGCCGACAGAGAGAGUGAGUUUAAUCUCCUGCCCGUGUUUUUCUUAAAUAUAUUUAUGGUUUUUAUGUAUUUAUUGUAAACGUUGUACAUUGAACUGAAAUCUAAGUUUGUUCUCAGAGCUGUGAAUCUUUCUUCCAUAAAAACAAAACGUGACCAAUCAAACUUGAGCCUCCACUU